AUGAAGACGGAACUAGCCCAGUCAGCUGUAAGGGAGGACGUUUAUGCUAAAGCAGAGGCAAACGAGCGUGGUAAACUGUCUCACUUUGAUGAAAUUGAAGAACAGCUUGAAGAAGUCUAUCGUAAUACUAAGUCGAAGAUUAAGAUUAAAGAAUCUCCUCUUGAUCCACUGGCACCUGAAUGGCCAAAUGAGGCGCGACCACUAGUUACGCGCUCUGUGUUGACUACGUUGAAAAGGGAGACUGAAAAGGACGAGUCUUCUACAAAGGAAGAUGACUUUGCUAAGAUGAUGACUAUUCAAGAAAGACAAAUUAAGUGUAUCGAAGAACUGGUAGCACAGCAACAAAGGAGUGCCUUGACUUUAACACUGCCCAAACCUGAAGUACCCGUGUUCAGUGGAGAUCCUAUUGAGUACAACAAGUUUGCGAAAGCAUUUGAGACAUCGAUAGAAGCACGGUUGUAUUAUUUAGUCCAGUACACUUCGGGAGCUGUUCAAGAGUUGAUGCAGAGCUGUUCACUGAUGGAUUCAGAUAGAGGUUACCAGGAAGCAAGGAGGCUCCUCAAGAGCAGGUAUGGCCAACCCUACAGGAUCGCUUCUGCAUAUGUUGAUGAGGUUGUAAAUGGACCACAAAUUAAAUCCCAAGAUGGGGAAGCCUUACAGAAGUUUUCAGUGCUUUUGACCAGCUGCAGGAACACACUUAAAGGAACUGAAUAUCAAAGCAAGAUAGAUAACCCAGAUAGCUUGAAAGGAAUUGUAAAUCGUCUGCCAUACGAUGCCCGGAAUAGAUGGCGCUUCACGGCUGACAACAUCAGUGGAAAGGAAAACAGACAAGUAACACUUGAUGAUAUUGCCAGCUUUGUCGAACGAGAAGCUCGUGCAGCAACACAUCCAGUGUUUGGAGACAUAUCAGGCAACCUGAGAGAUAAAGAAUCCCACAAGAGGAAACCUCCUGUUAGGCCUAAAGGUUCUAGCUUCGGUACUCAAACCGACAAAACCAAUGCUAAGAAGGAUAAUCAAAAAGAGAAGAAAGAAUCAGGAUAUUCUAGACCAGUCAAGUGUAUCUUUUGCCACAGCAGCCACGUGUUACAAGAAUGCAAGAUGUUCCAACGAAAGUCUUACAGCGAGCGAGAAGAUUUUGCAAUGAAAAAGGGACUUUCCUUCAAUUGUCUCAUUCCUCAUCAUCGAGCACGAGAUUGUAGAAAACCUGCUGCAUGCACCGACUGUGGAGGGAAACAUGCCAUGAUUUUACACCCUCCUCCUCCCCCUAACAGCGAAAGACAUUCAGAAGAUACUAAUCAAAGUGAGACGACUGGUAUAAACAAUGGGUUUGUUGAGGUUGAGAAGACACAGUGUAGUUCCUUUGGGGUCAACAGAUCAAGGAUUGGAUUAGCUGCUGUGACAGUGAAAGUGAAAGCCGAAGGUAGUCACAAUGUUGUAGUAACUCAUGCCUUUCAUGAUGGAGGAUCUAAUUCGACGUUCUGUACCGAAGUACUCCUAAAACAACUGGGCCUUGAUGGCAAGAAAACAGAAUUCUCUCUAACGACCAUUGAAAWGGAAAACAGUAUUAUAAAGAGCAGUUUAGUAAGCCUUGAGUUGUUUGACCUUGAAGAAGAAAACCUUAUUGAACUGCCCACAGUGUUCUCAGUUAAAUCCUUACCAGUGUCAGCUGAAGAUGUCCCAAAGCAAGAUGAUGUUGACAGGUGGCCCCACCUACAUGGAAUUCGAGUGUCUGAAUUAGAUGUUGCAGUCGGUCUGCUAGUGGGAAAUGACAACAUGAAAGCAUUAGAACCAAAGGAGCGAGGGCGGUGGACCGUAUGCAACGAAAAUCCGCUUUGGACGGGCCAUUAA